AGUUUUAAAACAUGGCAUCUUCUUCAAUGAGUUUCAAGAGAUCAGACAGCAUUGCCGAUUCGAUGCCUGAAGCAUUGAAGCAGAGUAGAUAUCAAAUGAAGAGAUGUUUUGCAAGUUAUGUGUCCAAAGGGAUGAGAUUGAUGAAAAAUAAACAAUUGAUGGAUGAAUUGGAGAAGUCUUUGGAUGACAAAAUUGAGAAGGAGAGACUCAUGGAGGGGUUUCUCGGCUACAUAAUAUGUUCUACUCAGGAAGCGGCGGUGAUCCCGCCUUUUCUUGCAUUUGCAGUAAGGCCUAACCCCGGCAUAUGGGAGUUUGUCAAGGUUAAUUCAGUCGAUCUCGAUGCCGAGGGAAUCACCUCGACUGAGUACUUGAAGUUCAAAGAAAGCAUAUUCGAUGAGAAAUGGGCGAAGGAUGAAAAUGCAUUAGAAAUUGAUUUCGGAGCAUUUGAUGCAUUGACACCACACCUCACCUUGCCUUCAUCAAUUGGAAAUGGACUGCAAUUUAUUUCGAAAUUCUUGUCUUCAAAACUUCAUGAAGAUUUGGAGAACUCGAACCAAUUGCUCGAUUAUUUGCUUGCAUUGAACUACAGAGGCCAAAAACUUCUGAUUAAUGAUAAUGUCAAUACUGUCAACAAGCUUCAAAUGGCGCUUCUUUUGGCCGAAGUUUUCGUUUCAGAGCUACCGAAAAAUACGCCGUUUCAGAAGUUUGAGCAAAGGUUUGAAGAAUGGGGGUUAGUGAAAGGAUGGGGCGAUACGGCGGGACGAGUUAAGGAAACUCUGAACUGUUUAUCGGAAGUUCUUCAAGCACCAGAUCCGAUUAACAUGGAUAAUUUUUUCAGCAAAGUUCCGUGUAUCUUCAACAUUGUCAUCUUCUCCCCUCAUGGCUACUUUGGACAAGCCGAUGUUCUAGGCUUGCCCGACACAGGUGGUCAGGUUGUUUACAUCCUGGAUCAAGUAAGAGCAUUUGAGGAGGAAUUACUGCUGAGAAUCAAGCAACAAGGGUUAUCUAUAAAGCCGCAAAUUCUAGUAGUGACAAGGUUGAUACCUGAAGCAAAAGGAACAAAAUGCAACCAAGAACUUGAGUCAGUAUUCAACACAAAGCAUUCCCAUAUCCUUCGAGUUCCGUUUGAGACGGAAUUCGGUGUUCUCCAGCAAUGGGUGUCACGAUUCGAUAUAUAUCCAUACCUUGAGAAAUAUGCUCAAGAUGCUGCUGCAAAAAUCAUUGAUCAUAUGGAGGGAAAACCCGACUUAAUCAUCGGCAAUUACUCUGAUGGAAACCUGGUCGCUUCUCUUGUGGCUAGCAAACUAGGAAUCACUCUGGGAACUAUUGCUCAUGCUCUUGAGAAGACGAAAUACGAAGAUUCAGAUGUCAAAUGGAAGGAAUUGGAACCGAAGUACCAUUUUUCGUGCCAAUUCACGGCCGAUAUGAUCGCAAUGAAUACCACAGAUUUCAUUAUCACAAGUACAUAUCAAGAAAUUGCUGGAAGUAAAGAUAGGCCAGGGCAAUAUGAGAGUCACUACGUAUUUACGCUACCCGGAUUGUGUCGAUUCGUCUCCGGUAUCAAUGUUUUUGAUCCGAAGUUCAACAUUGCAUCACCAGGAGCUGAUCAAUCAGUCUACUUUCCUUACACUCAAAAGGAUAAGAGGCUUACUAAAUUUCAUCCUGCCAUUGAAGAGCUUCUAUAUAGCCAAACAGACAACGAUGAACACAUAGGAUUCAUUCAAGAUAGGAAGAAGCCGAUAAUUUUCUCGAUGGCAAGGCUCGACACGGUGAAGAACAUAACAGGACUGGUGGAGUGGUACGGCAAGAACAAGAGACUGAGGGACGUGGUGAACUUGGUUGUAGUUGCAGGAUUCCUGGAUCCAGCCAAGUCUAAGGACAGGGAAGAGAUAAGUGAGAUAAAAAAGAUGCACUCUCUGAUAGAGAAGUACCAACUGAGAGGCCAAUUCAGGUGGAUAGCCGCACAAAAUGAUCGGCUUCGCAAUGGUGAGCUCUACCGAUGCAUUGCUGACACCAAAGGAGCCUUUGUGCAGCCUGCUUUAUAUGAAGCAUUUGGGUUAACCGUGAUUGAGGCAAUGAACUGCGGCUUACCAACUUUUGCAACAAAUCAAGGAGGGCCAGCAGAGAUAGUUGUCGACGGUGUGUCUGGAUUCCAUAUCAAUCCACUCAAUGGAGACGAAUCUAGUAACAAGAUUGCUGAUUUCUUCGAAAAGUGCAAGAAAGAUAGCAACUACUGGAACAAGAUAUCAUCUGCUGGCCUGCAACGUAUUUACGACUGCUAUACAUGGAAGAUAUACGCGACGAAGGUGCUGAACAUGGGAUCAAUGUACAGCUUCUGGAGGCAACUGAACAAGGAACAGAAGCAAGCAAAGCAGAGAUACCUUCAGUUGUUGUACAACCUUCAAUUCAGAAACUUGGCGAAGACAGUGCCGAUCGCCGGAGCUAAGCCACCACAGCAACCGGAGCCGUCACAAGCAGUAAUAACUAGGCCACCAACAAGACGCUCACAGUCAAGGAUCGGAAGGUUGUUCAGCUCUGCAAAGUGAGAUAAAUGCAAGGACUGGAUAUGAUGAAUUCAAAAGUGUGUGUGAUUUGUGUUAAAUUAUAGUGCAAUUUCAUACAUAUGGCACUUAAUAAUGUAUUUGGUUUGACAUUGAAAUGAAAG